AUGUGUGAAAUAACUAGUAUUGUCCUUUUUGGACUAACUGGUGAGGGAAAGUCCACUAUUUCUAACAUGCUGAUUCAAGGCGAUAUUCAUGAUGAAGCAAUACGUUCGACUGCAGUUGGUGUUAGUUUAAAUGUACAAUGCAGCGUGAAUGAUAGAUUUAUAGUUUACGAUACGAUUGGAAUAGGUGAACCAAGUGAUGGAACUGUUCCACAUAUAAAGGCUGCAAGGCAUGGUGGGUCAAAAAAGAACUCGGAUACAUUGAAGAAUUUUGGAGAUUAUCCGAUUAUUCCGCUUUCGAAUUUAAAAUAUGAGGGGAUUGUACUUGAAGUUCUUAACGCGGACCAGAAGACCGCGAAUAAAGUAGCUCAAGUCAUUGAGAUCAUACCGCAAAAGAACGACUUAAAAGUGGAACCGUUGGGGUUGUUAUGGAUGUUUACUUGCGUUAAUACUCUUCGUGAAGGUGCAAUUGUGGGUAAAGCUGCGUAUAAAGGAAUAAAGGCGGCGGCAGUUUAUACACUUAAUAAAUCAGAAAAUAAUGGAACGGGCUCCUAA